AUGAAGCUCCUCUUAGUUUUGUUCUUGGCUAUUGUCGCCCUUAACACCAUCGAGGCUAGACGCAACCGUUUCGACAGAGUCGACCGCAAUCUUCGUGGAGACCCUUGCGAUGUUAUGUGCCCAAGAAGAGACGGAUGGGACAGAUGCGAAAUUGUCAAGGAGCGUGGAGAGACUUCUGUAAGAUGCACUGACAACAGACCAGACCCACCACCAAGCUUCGGGCGUGGACCAGUCAAUCCACCAUACGGAGGAGGACGUUCUCCAUUCGUCCCACCACGCGGUUAA